AAGGAAUUAGAAAAGAAGUGAGAAGAUAAUAGUAAAUUUCAAAUUUUUCCACGAUCACAACGACGUCUGGCGGUGUUUAAUGAAAAUCAAUGGUCAACUCAACUCCUCAACGAUUUCAUGGAGAAUCGUGGUGUUGCUUUUUGUGUGGUCGUUUAUUAUAAGUGAUUAAAAAUCAAACAAUUUAGUAAUAAUGCUGUAAAACCGCGAGAAUUUAUUUAUUUCUCCGAAAAAAAAAUCUGUUUUUUCAUUGAAUUAUUUGGGGCGAGAAGCCGUAUGUUAAUUAUACGGUUAUAAAUUUUGUCGUAAAUAGAAUAAAAAUUCAACAGAGGUAGUGUGAUUAAUAUUCAGUUGGAAGAGUGUUCCAAAGCACACAGGGCAAAAUGGCAGCAAGCGAGUCCACAUCGGAUGAGAGUCUUUAUCCUAUCGCGGUAUUAAUUGACGAAUUAAAAAAUGAGGAUGUUCAGUUACGCUUGAAUUCAAUCAAGAAACUUUCUACGAUUGCUCUUGCAUUGGGUGUUGAGCGUACACGCAGUGAGCUCAUUCCAUUCUUAACAGAAACAAUUUAUGAUGAAGAUGAAGUUCUUUUGGCACUUGCCGAACAAUUGGGAACAUUUACGCCUUACAUCGGUGGACCGGAAUUUGUACAUCAUUUAUUGCCACCAUUGGAAUCAUUGGCAACAGUUGAGGAGACUGUCGUGAGAGAUAAAGCAGUUGAGUCUCUACGUAAUAUUGCUCUUCAACACAGUCCAGCGGAUUUAGAGGGACAUUUUGUUCAUCUUGUUGAGCGUUUAGCAUCGGGCGAUUGGUUCACGUCGAGAACAUCGGCAUGCGGAUUAUUCAGUGUCUGUUAUCCACGUGUUAAUCCAACAAUAAAAGCCGAAUUACGAAAUCAUUUUCGUAAUUUAUGUCAGGACGAUACGCCAAUGGUGAGGCGUUCAGCGGCAUCGAAAUUAGGAGAAUUUGCAAAAGUCGUUGAAAUUGAAUAUCUAAAGACAGAUUUGAUUCCAAUGUUUAUUAUUCUCGCGCAAGACGAACAGGAUUCAGUUCGUCUAUUGGCAGUUGAUGCGUGCUUCAAUAUUGCAACAUUAUUGCAGCAGGAGGACGUUGAACAAUUGGUGAUGCCAACAUUACGUCAAUGCGCAUCGGAUCAAUCGUGGCGUGUACGUUAUAUGGUUGCCGAUAAAUUCACCGAUUUACAAAAAGCCGUUGGUCCGGAAAUAACGAAAACCGAUUUAGUGUCGGCAUUUCAAUUAUUGCUUAAGGACACUGAGGCGGAGGUGAGAGCGGCGGCUGCCGAUAAGGUUCGCGAUUUUUGUCAAAAUUUAGAAGCAUCCAAACAGGAAUCAAUUAUUAUGACGGACAUAUUGCCGUAUAUAAAGGAGCUUGUCGCCGAUCCAAAUCAACAUGUUAAAUCGGCAUUGGCAAGCGUUAUUAUGGGUUUGAGUCCAAUUUUGGGUAAACAUAAUACCAUUGAGCAUUUAUUGCCAUUGUUUUUGUCGCAAUUGAAAGACGAAUGUCCGGAGGUACGUCUCAAUAUUAUCAGUCAUUUGGAUUGUGUCAAUGAAGUCAUUGGAAUACAACAAUUGUCACAGUCACUACUGCCAGCUAUUGUUGAACUUGCUGAGGAUUCAAAAUGGCGAGUUCGCUUGGCAAUUAUCGAAUAUAUGCCAUUGUUGGCCGGUCAGUUGGGCGUAGAAUUCUUUGAUGAAAAGUUGAAUUCCUUAUGCAUGACCUGGCUCGUUGAUCAUGUAUACGCGAUCAGGGAAGCGGCGACACUCAACUUAAAGAAAUUAGUAGAAAAAUUCGGAUCAGAAUGGGCGCAGAAUACGGUUAUACCAAAAGUUUUAGCAAUGUCGAGGGACCAAAAUUACCUUCACAGAAUGACAUGCCUUUUCUGCAUUAACGUAUUAGCUGAAGUGUGUGGGCCAGAAAUCACGACAAAAGUGAUGCUUCCAACUGUUUUAGCAAUGGCAAAUGACAAUGUAGCAAAUGUCAGGUUUAAUGUAGCGAAAACCCUUCAACGUAUUGGACCCUAUUUAGAACCUAACGCUGUGCAAACGCAAGUAAAACCAGUACUAGACAAACUCAACACUGACAGUGAUGUUGACGUGAAAUAUUUUGCAUCGGAAGCAAUCGCCGGAAUUGCAGCAUAAUUAAAAGAACAGGACAACAACCCGAGUGCAUUGUAUGAGUAACGAACAACAUGCGACAUCAGAUUUAAUACAUAACAAAGAAAAAAAAAAUAAAAAAAAAGGAAAAAAAAAUAAAUAUAUAUAAAAUAAUUAAUAAUAAUAAACAAGCAGAUACACUGAUCAAUAUACACACAUACACACACAAACACAGACUAUUUCCAUUCGCUACACACGAAAGAAAAAAAAACAACUGCAUAUUAUUAACUGCACAGGCAGGUUAAAAUAAUAAUAAAAAAAAAUAAAACCAACAUGAAAUUUUUCGAGUUAGCGAUUAACGUUGAAUAAUAUUUUUAGUUCUGUUGUAUUUGUAUAUCUAUAAUGAUGUAUUAAGGUCGAAUAAUCAAUUUAAUUAUUGGUAUCAUGUAUCUCUCGUACCUACUUAAGUCUUAACGAGUAAUGAUUAAUAAAGAAAAUGACUCAGAGUCUA